AUGAGUGGCGCUUUGUUCAUAGAAAAACAGACGAGCGUGAUGACGGAGAUGGUUAAAGGGGAGGAGAUUCUUGUUGUGGUCAAACAGUGCAACUUUGUCUUAACGAUCAGCUCGACGACGUUAGUUCUCGAAGGUGCGGAGAUCUGUUGUGAGCUUUUAUAUGACUCACCCGAACUGAAACCAGUAUCUUUUAUUAAUCAACCACCUAUUAAAUAUAAAGCACUUCAAGCAAAUGAACACUCCUUGAAUGUUGAGUGUAAACUUAACGUCUUAUCGUCGCAACAUGAAGACCACUUUUUUAGAGUUAAAGUAACUGUUCUUAUUGCGGACAAACCAAUCGGAGAAGUACUGUCUUCCCCAAUCAGGUCAAUUUCAAAAUUAGACCCACACAAAAAGGAGAUGUUAAAGAAAAAGAAAGAAAGAGUCGGAACACCGUCCACUGAAAAGAAGCCCCGCGGCUCUUCUCUCUCUGAAGAAGUCAAACUUGAGAAGGGAAACACGUUAGUCAAUCUUUUGGCCCUCUUGUCUCAAAACACCGUCCUCCUCGAGAAAAUGCGACAAAAACAGUGCUGCGACGAAAUCUCUUCCUUAGAAAGUGGGUUCCAAAAUUUCAUCGAAAAGUACACUCAGACGGCUGGGAGGCGUCGUGGCCUUUUAAUGGAAGUAGUAGCUGGUUUAAAUGAUCAAGAAACACAAGGUCUUGAUGAAAUCGCUAGUGUCGUUGAUGUUACUAUAACAGACGACAGAAGACGUCCAGACUAUAAUGAUUACUUGCAACAGAAUUUCCGUCGCGAAGAACAACGCGAUGGCUUAGUCCCCCCAUUCCAAGGCCAUAAACCUUUCAUUAACUAUACCAAUCCAUUCCUUAGAUAG